GUGCGACAAAAAAAAAGAAAAGAAAGCACCCAAUAAAAGAGCUUCUUUUCCUUAUCCAAGCGAGUAUCAGGAGAUUAACUGCGUCUUUAUUCCACCCAAAAUACAAUCCCUAAAUGGAACUGGCAUUUAACCGACUUUAAGUAAUUAAAGAGACUAUAAAUACUCAAACCUACUUGACGGUGUUCAUGACAAAUUCUAGUGUUAACAACAACAAAUCUCUUGAAUUACUUGAAGAAGGAUCCUGAUUCUGCCCUACAUUAAUUUGCUUUUGAUUUAGUCUCUUUAAUUAGAAGGCGUAAAGUAAUGGCUCGUAUGAAGCAAGCCGCUCGUAAAACCAUCAGCGGAAAGAAUCCAAAGAAGCAGCUUGCCACCAUGGCUGCGAGGAAAUAUGCACCAACGGCGGACGCCGGCGUCAAAAAGCCUCACCGUUUUCGGCCCGGAACCGCCGCACUACGAGAAAUCAGGAAGUAUCAGAAGAGCACGGAGCUUCUGACUCCCAAGUUGCCUUUCCAGCGUCUGGUUCGUGAAAUUGCCCAAGAGUGUUCAGCGACAGAGGUGAGGUUCCAAAAUCACGCGGUUUUGGCUCUACAAGAAGCUGCGGAAGCCUAUUUGGUGGGAUUGUUUGAAGACGCAAAUCUGGCUGCCAUUCAUGCUAAGCGGGUUACAAUCAUGCCUAAGGAUAUCCUCCUUGCCAGGCGUAUUCGUAGAGAAACUAGCUUACUUAAUUUUACACUUCGUUGA